UGGAUAUCAAAUGUUUUGAAAACGGUAGAGUUCCAAGGAUUGCACAGACGAUAAAAUGUCUUUUUCAGUUUCCCUUCCAUUUAUGCCCCCGUUAUUAUUAAGCAUGUGCCAAAAAUCACAGUUGGUUUUCUUAAAUUAACUUCUCCCUGUGUCUUCCCCAUGAUUUUUUGGAUGAACAAGUGAAUUGCUGGGAAAAGGGCUAUGAAAAUUGUGAUUGGAGGAAAACAGGAGGAAGAAGCAGGUAGAGGAGGAACAGGAGGAAGGAGGAUAGUGCAGGGGAGAAGGAGGAAGGGAAGGAGCAGAAGGAAGGGGAGGAAGAGGGAGAACAAGAAAGCAGGAGGAAGAGCAGCAGGAGGAGGGGUGGAAGGUUCAUUUCGGAGAACACAGCAGUGGCACACUUGGAGUCAAACGUAGUUCACAGUCCAGGUGAUGGGCUCAGGGCACAAAAAUAUGCUUUCUCUGAAAGACAGCAACUUUGAAAACUCCACGUGCUUACAAACUUUUCACUUAUGUUUUAAGAGUUAACCUAAAAACCCACAUAUUUUCCAACAGUUUUUGAACUGUUAGAAUUUUGAUUUCUGCUUUUGCUUUCAAUUCAUUAUAGAUACAGGGAUAGGUAGAAAGUGUAUUUGGUGACUUCUGAUGUCUGGCCUCACUCAGGGUUCUGCUCUAUGGUGUUUGUGAAAAUGGCAAUAUUAAAGGGUAUUAAAGGAUCCCUUCGCUCACAGCUUCUUCUCUCUAAGUUACGGAUGAAUGAUUUACAAAUCAUUGUACCAAGUUGGGAGGAUGCAACCAAUAAGAAAACUCAGGUCAGACAGUAUAACGAGUCUGUUAUUAAAUUGUUUUAACAAUGAUAAUGUAACCAUGUUGUUUUCCCUAAAGACGCUACAGUAUCUCCAUUAGAUCACCCAGUUGGAAAGUUCAUUGCACUACUGUGGCUCUGUCUGUGUUGGGAGUAGACUGAACCUUUUCUUUGUUGAGUUUUCCAUAAAUUUUCUUUCUCCAUCAACAUCGUAUUGAUAUUUAAAUGUACUUUCCCUAAGUUAAAUGUUGCCCUUUUUAUUUUGAUAGUGUACACAUAACUAUUACUCUAGAGUUAUGGAAAAUCAAUGAAUGAUAUCUAUUCUUUAAUUUUAGAGUCUACAUACAGCAAGCUGUUAAAAGUAUACGAGGAACUAACUUUGAAAAUGCCAAUCAUAAGAUAAAACAGAAUAAGCAGUAUUCCAUUUCCCACAUGGAUUAUUACAUGAGCAUGUUAUGGUUUCAGUUACUUAGACAUAGGCAUAAAGGUUUUACUGAAACAAUCAGUUAUGUGGGGAUUUGAAUGAAGUUGAUCUCAAAUAAGUAGGGAAGAAUGGUGGGGCAGUGCCCUAUGCUAUUAAAGGAGGCUUGGGAAGAUGUUGAACUAAGACUACAAAAUUUCAUUCAUUCAGAAGAGGUGCCACAUGAUGACACAAUUAGAAAUAUACAAUAGUCUUAAAAAUGCUGAAAGAGUAUAUUGAUAAAGAUUUGUUGUGCCACAUGAGGACACAAUUAGAAAUGUACUAUAUUCUUAAAAAGUACUGAAGAAGUUGAUUGAUUAGGGAGAGUGAGGGCCUAUUAGUGAAACUUGCAUUACCGUAACAAAAUACCUAGACAGAUUACUUAUGAAGGCAAUAUUCUGCUCAUAGAUUUGGAGGUCCAAGAACAAGAUUUAGCAGCCCCAUUUCUUAGGGUCUCUGGUUAAAAAGAAAUGAUGUGAACAUGUGGUAGCACAUGCAGCCACAUCUUACCCCAGAAAUACACCGAAAGGGUAUUGGCAGGGCACCACAAGCCAUUGUAAGACCACACUCCCAAGUGGCUUAAGGGCUUUCCUUAGGCCCUAUCUCCUAAAAGCCUGCAGUUUAACCCUGGGGAAGAAGCCCCUAAAGAUGGGUCUCUGGGGGGGGCAGUCUGUAUGCAAACCAUAGCAGGGACUAAGUGUUCUCACCACAAAAAUGAUCAUGGAUAGUGACAAUACAUACAUCAAUUAGCGAUAUUUAGUUAUUCCAUAAUGUCUAGAUAAGUCAGACAAAUAUGUACACCUUAAGUGUAUGUGUUUUGCUAGUUGAUAAAGAAGUCAAUAGUGUGACUUGAUGCACAGAAAAGAGCAUAAGGAAAUUCAUUCCAUCAUAAUGAGACGUGUCUAUGAUUGUGAGCUUCAUUGUGUCAUAAUAUGUGAACAUAGAACUAUUUUAAAAGACACUUGACCUCAUUCAUUCUAAAGACACUGCAGAGUAACCUACUUUGAGAUUCCGUUCCCAGUUAUAGACCCGAAAGGUCAGAGCUGCACUGAAAACACCAGGCUGCUGAGUACGGCAUCCGAGGGGGUCUGCUGCUCACACUUCUCUUCCCUGUGCAGCCAACACUGUCCCAGGCCAAGCUCUGGCAUGGAAAGCCAGUUGUUCCCACUGAUUUCAAGCUCAGAAUUCAGAGGUGUCGCCUUGGUCUCUUGAAACUGGCCACAGUGUGAAUUAGUACACCGUGGAAAGCCACAGAACAGGAGAUCAAGCCCUCUUCGCUUUAACUCUCUCCAGCCAGUUGCUAACAUCAGACAACGCACUGCUGAACACAGUUUUCUGAAGGUGGCUGUGUUCCGGGUCUGACUGAUACAGUGUCAUGUUGAAGACACGUUUCUCAAAGGGAAUCAGCAGUCUCUUCAGCUCUUUAAAGGUGGUACGCCUCUUACGCCUGGGCCGUGUUGCUAGGAAACUGGACCAUUACCUGGAAUAUGGAGCAGCGGUCCUUGUGCUCCUGGUAUGUGUGUUUGGACUGGUUGCCCACUGGCUGGCCUGCAUCUGGUACAGCAUUGGAGACUAUGAGGUCAUUGAUGAAGUCACCAACACCAUUCAAAUAGACAGCUGGCUCUACCAGUUGGCCUUGAGCAUUGGGACUCCAUAUCGCUACAAUACCAGUGCAGGGAUCUGGGAAGGAGGACCCAGCAAGGACUCCCUGUAUGUGUCCUCCCUCUACUUCACCAUGACGAGCCUUACAACCAUAGGAUUUGGAAACAUAGCUCCGACCACAGACGUGGAGAAGAUGUUCUCAGUGGCCAUGAUGAUGGUCGGCUCUCUUCUUUAUGCAACUAUUUUUGGAAAUGUUACCACAAUUUUCCAGCAAAUGUAUGCCAACACCAACCGUUACCAUGAGAUGCUGAACAAUGUUCGAGAUUUCCUGAAAUUAUAUCAGGUCCCGAAAGGCCUUAGUGAACGAGUCAUGGAUUACAUUGUGUCAACGUGGUCAAUGUCAAAAGGCAUCGACACAGAGAAGGUCCUCUCCAUCUGCCCCAAGGACAUGAGAGCUGACAUCUGUGUUCAUCUGAACCGGAAGGUUUUUAAUGAACAUCCUGCAUUCCGAUUGGCCAGCGAUGGAUGUCUGCGUGCCUUGGCAGUGGAGUUCCAAACCAUUCACUGUGCUCCUGGGGACCUGAUUUACCAUGCUGGAGAGAGUGUGGACGCCCUCUGCUUUGUGGUGUCAGGGUCCUUGGAGGUUAUCCAGGAUGAGGAGGUGGUGGCUAUCUUAGGGAAAGGUGAUGUGUUUGGAGACAUCUUCUGGAAGGAAACCACCCUUGCUCAUGCAUGUGCCAAUGUCCGGGCCCUGACUUACUGUGACCUGCACAUCAUCAAGAGAGAAGCCUUGCUCAAAGUCCUUGACUUCUAUACAGCAUUUGCAAACUCAUUCUCCAGGAACCUCACUCUCACUUGCAAUCUAAGGAAGCGGAUCAUCUUCCGUAAAAUUAGUGAUGUGAAAAAGGAGGAGGAGGAGCGGCUUCGACAGAAGAAUGAGGUGACUCUGAGCAUCCCCGUGGACCACCCAGUAAGGAAGCUCUUCCAGAAGUUCAAACAGCAGAAGGAGCUGAGGAACCAGGGCUCAGCGCAGAGCGACCCUGAGAGGAGCCAGCUUCAGGUAGAGAGCCGCCCUUUGCAGAAUGGAGCCUCCAUCACAGGUACCAGUGUGGUCACUGUGUCACAGAUUACCCCCAUCCAGACAUCGCUGGCCUAUGUGAAAACCAGCGAGACUCUUAAGCAGAACAACCGUGAUGCCAUGGAACUGAAGCCCAAUGGUGGUGCUGAGCCCAAAUGUCUCAAGGUCAACAGCCCCAUCAGAAUGAAAAACGGAAAUGGGAAGGGGUGGCUGAGACUGAAGAACAACAUGGGGGCUCACGAGGAGAAAAAGGAAGAGUGGAAUAAUGUCACCAAAGCUGAGUCCAUGGGGCUGUUGUCAGAGGACCCCAAGGGCAGUGACUCAGAGAACAGUGUGACCAAGAACCCCUUAAGGAAAACGGAUUCUUGUGACAGUGGGAUUACAAAAAGUGACCUUCGUUUGGAUAAAGCUGGUGAGGCCCGAAGUCCUCUAGAACACAGUCCCAGCCAGGCUGAUGCCAAGCAUCCCUUCUACCCCAUCCCCGAGCAGGCCUUACAAACCACACUGCAGGAGGUAAAACAUGAACUCAAAGAGGACAUCCAGCUGCUGAGCUGCAGAAUGACUGCCCUGGAAAAGCAGGUGGCAGAGAUUUUAAAACUACUCUCAGAGAAAAGUGUACCCCAGACAUCUUCUCCAAAACCCCAAAUUCCACUCCAAGUACCUCCCCAAAUACCAUGUCAGGAUAUUUUUAGUGUCUCAAGGCCUGAGUCACCUGAAUCUGACAAAGAUGAAAUCAACUUUUAAUAUAUAUACAUAUAUAUACAUAUAUAUUUGUUAAUAUAUUUAAAACAGUAUAUACAUCUAUAUACAUAAGUGUGUAUAUAUAGUAUAUACAUAUAUAUUUUCACUUGCUUUCAUUAUGAUGAACACAAUAUGGAUUUUGAUAUGUACAUACUGCAUGUCCAGCUGGAUUCUGGCCUGCCAAAGACAAUUAUUCAAAACAUAGAUAUUGCUUGUACAUUAUGCAGUUGACUGCAUGCACACUUUACAUUUAUUUAUACUCUCUAUUCUGUAAUAAAAAAAAGGGUAUGAAUUUUGUUAACUAAGGCAAUGUAAUCUUUGAAGAAUCAGGGUCCAACCUGCCAAUGUUGCCACGACAAACUUGAUCUCAGGCUGAGACUAUCGAGCUGUCAUUUCUUCACUAUUCUGUUCAAAUUAUAGAUUAAUGUCAAGGGAGGGGGCCAGCUUCUGAAGCUGUCAGACCACUUUCCAGCCUCAUGCCAUAGGGUACUUUUCUGUAACUUAGUGUUAGGUUCCUUUCCCCUACAGGCAAUGUUUGCUCCAUUGAAAUGACUAUUCCGUUGCCUACAUCUGAUGCCACUGUCAGACACCGAGAACUUAUUGCUAUGGGGUUUGUGCAUGAGCUGCAUUUCCACUCAGUGAUACCUCUCCUUUUUAGCGUUGUAUUAGAUAGUAAUCAUUAGCUCUUAUGUAAAGAAUUCCCUGCUCCCUCCGUCUUGGAGAACAACUGUCAUCUUGGGAGCUGACUUGAUCAACACCAUAAAUAUUCAAUUGUUAAUAUAGUGUACAUUAUUAUAGAAGCACUGCACAGGGUAUAAGGGCCUCUUAACAAUUUGUUAGAUAUGUCGAUUGUCCAAAGGCGAUGAAUGUUCUACCUUUGUAUUUCCAAAGCUCGUUUGAAGGGGGAUGUUGAAAAGGCUCUUAGAAAAGAAACAUAUCAAGAUUUUAACUGUUAUUGAUACAUAAUUUUCUAAAAGAACAUAAGCAAUUAGACGUGUUUUAACUGCACAUUUGUGACUUAGAAAGAAUGGAAUAUGGGUACAGAAAUGAUGACUUGAGUUUUAUUGCUUCUAGAGCUAACACACGCAGUGAGGUUAACUUACAAAUUACCAACCUAGAAGGGAGUGUUAAAGUUGCUUUAUUUAGAUAACUGCUUUUCUAUGACUUUAUUUUGGGUACAGUUUCCUUGAGCUCUUUUGCACACAGUUGCAGUCUGGCCUUCUGUAAGCGAAUACAAUAGACCACUAUGGCUCAGGCAGAUCCACUUACAAAAGGCUUAUGAGGCUAAAUGUCAUAGUCUUUCGGGUAAUCAUUCCUCUUCUGAGAAAGUGCCUAUUAUCAACCAAAAGAGAAGUUGCGAAUGCUGCAUUGCCUAUAUUUAGGCCCUUGGGUGACAAACACUCAGAACGAAAUGCAUACCCCUUUUGAGAACCUGUGGAAGCAUUCUCUUAGGAUUCUAGCAUGUUUCCUGGAGUUCUUCCGGGGGUGUGGUUUUCAGGUGGUGAAGGCAUAAAAUUUCAUAUUGAGAAUAAGAAGGUAGCAUUUGCAUUGCCCUGAAAAUGUAUGUCAAUCACUUGUAUACUGGUAAACUACUGAGAUAUAUAUAUGUAUAUAUAUAUGCAUUAUGUAUGCAUAUAUACACAGCGAGACAAAUGUGGAUGGUGACAAAAAUCAAAGAAAAUAUUUUUGCUCUUUCAUAUGCAAUUUUAUGUGCUUUUCUAUAUCCUAGUCACUCGAAAAUUAUAGAAAGAAGAGUUACCACAAUCAGUCUGGAAAAGUACAAAACAGUACUGCUUUUCAAGUUCUUCACGGGUCCCCCUUUUUCUAGGACUCCUGGGCUAUGUAUUGGGCACUGUGGGUUACAGUUGCUAUCCUUUCUUUAUUAAACGUAGACAUUUCCAGGGUCGUGCAUCUCCUUGCUCUGCUAAGAUACCUAGCGCAGGCAAGGGGAGAUGGAAUAAUUACAGAGUUACCUUAGAAUUGAGGUUUGAAGGCUCGUUUGUUUGAGCUUUUGUAUUAUGGAAGAUACGUUGACCUCGGCUUCUGAGAUGUAUUGGGUUUCUUAUUUGUCAGAGUCGAGUAUAGCAAAUACCUGUAAAGCUGAAUGAUAACAAAGCGUGAAUGCAGAAAUCACUGUUCUGACUUUAGUUAUAUUCAAAACUAACAGUUGGUCUAAAGCUGUAAGAGGGUCACGGAAACAGCAGCUGGUUUGAAGUGUAACUUGUGCCCUAUCCUAUUAGGUUUGCGAACCUUUACCAGGAUGUGACAAUGACCCAGACGGAGUUUUAGCUAACAUCCUAUGACAUUAGCCAUAAUGAGAUUUCUCUCUGAACACGUUCCCACAGGUGGGGAAGAAGCAUAAUGAUUUUGAACUGCACCAAGGCCCUCAAUAGGAAGCCAAUGUACCAAUUGUUUACUUUUUGGUGCGGUUCCCACAGCACUCUUUCCCGACCCCUGUCCUCUGCGUGCAUGACGCGGUGUGGUGCUGAACGCCCUCUGCACAUGUUCAGCCGACAUUGUAAAUAGUCUUAGGUUUCCAAUUCUUCACAGUAGAAUUUAGUCAGAUUUUAAUGAAGGGUGAAUACUUGCUUGCACACACGUGAUAAUGAUGCAAUCACAUUCUGUGUGGCCUCGACUGACACACAGACAGGGCAGGCUCUUCGGGGGACCAGACGACUGCAUGUUUUAUUCAUGUACUGGUGCUCUGGGUGCAUCCAGAAUAUUGUUUUUACUAUUAUACUUCUGAACAAUAAAUCAAUAACACUGAAUGGAUCUAUAUUUGAAAUGCAAACAUUUUGAAAAGCGACCUACACAUCUUUAAUUCUCGUAUAAUAGUAUGGAUAUUUAAGAUCAGACGCUGUAUUCUGGAGGGGUGGUUGGAACACGAUAAGAGGGUCAAAGAGAGUCAAAUGCGAACAGAAUUGUGAUCUUUCGAUCAAAGCAGGAAGGUUAGCUCACUUGAGUCUGGAUCACGUUACACCAAAUGUGUUGUAGUAGACAGAAGAACUUACAAUAAAAGGCGAACAUAAACCCCCAAAGUUAGAAAAUGACAUCAAAGCUCCCAAUGUCUCCCUUUUACAUGAAUGACCUUAAAGUAGUUCAGGAUUAGUGGUUGAAUUCACACCCAAACUUUAUUGUUUAAAGGAAACUUUUUAUUACAAUCCUGGUUACACCUCUCAUUGUGUACAAGACUAUAAAAGCAGUAAAUAUUAAGACCCCCCCCCAAAAGAAAAUUUCCUACAACAUAGGUCACAGGACAGAGAAUACAGGAAUGUGAGGUUUUAAAUGGCGUCUAGAACAAAUGUCUAUGCGAUACUAUGCAGUACUUUAAUGGAAAUAUUAUUUAACACAGCAAACUGAGGUAUCAUUUUGAAAAUUAACUCGAUAAGAAUCCAAAUACAAGUAUUACAGAAUUUAAAGAAAUACUGUUUCCCUGUGAGACCUGAAAAACUUUUAGAAUUCUUUUGGAAAAAGUAAAACCUGUUUUUUUAAGUUAGUCUUCAAAGGAGUGACUGGGAUUGUGUAGCAGCUGGUCCUUGUGAAAUUGUUCUUUUUACAUUUUUGAAAGAUUAUAAAUUAUCUCCUCCUCUUUCCUUCCUCCAAACCCAUCCAUAUCCCCUCCUUGAUAUCCUUCAAACUCAUGGCUUCAUUUUGUUCAGUAAUUGUCAUUGGUGAAUUUUGUUACCUCAUAUAAUGGUCUAUCUUAGGCUAUUUUCUCUGAGUCUCUUUAUUUUCCCCUAAAGUUUCAUGUAGAUCAUGAGAAAAUGCCUGGAGCCACCACACACAGAUACCAUCAAAAUGAGUGUCUUCUUAGAUGAAUGCUGUGCUUUGGCGUCUUCUGUAGACAUGAGUAUUGCCCUUGGGAUUCUGUUGGAAAAAGAGAGAGAAGUACGCAUGCUUGGAUGUCGCGCAUCCUUAGAAGAGUACUGGGUGCUGUUGCGGAUUCCAGCUCUGUCAGUCUAGCAGAGUUUGGGCAGUCAGCUGUCUUUCGUGUGUUUCUGUUAUCCAAACAACAAGUGCUAAAACAAAGACCUAAACUACCUAUCUUACAUCACACGGCUUUUAGGUCAACGCAAAGUAAACCACAUUAGCUGCUUGAAAGGCGCUAAAACCCUGCCCAUGUUAUAUGUCCUUGGUGGAGGUGAUUUGAUUGAGAAAUUGAUGGAGCAGUUAUUGUUGAUCCUUCAAGGAAGCAGUGUAGGCUAUAUAAACAUUUGAUUCUGCAGAUAAGGUUCAUUCCAUUAAUGUUUUCUUAUUCUGCAAAGAAGCCUUUGUCCUCAGGGCCCCACAGAAAGUCUUAUUGUUAUAUUUGCUGGGAUGAUUUGAGGCAGGAAAAUAAACAGAGCAGCAAACACAAAGGGAACAUUGUUUUUACACCAUAAAGAACACUCGCAUUUAGAUCUCUCACUGGAUUUUGCUAGGAUUCUCAGCAAAGAACAAUUUGAAAAGGUGUUUCCAACUAAGAUUUACUAGGAAUAUUUUGAAAGUGCAGGCAUCAAAAAAAAUGAUUAGCUUUAAAUGUUUUAAAAGUUUAAGACUUAGAGUCAAAGGGGCUAACUGAUGGUCCAUUAUUCACUCUGACCUUUUACUACCUACUAUAACCCUCUAUUUAUUUGCUAAGCAAUUAUAUAUAUAUAUAUCUGUAUUAGGCCCUUGGCAUUACAAUUAACAGCUGCUUUACAUGCAAAUAAAUAUUUUCAAUUUGCUCUGAGUGGAAACUUUUGCUUACAGCCUGAAUGCUAGAUCAGCUUUCAUUAAAAAAAAUUAUGAUUAUGACAAGUCAGCCAUUACAUUUUAGAGUUGAUGAUGAUUGCUUUAACAUUAUAGAAAAUAUUCUUUUUUUUCUGGACCAGAAAAAUAAAGCAAAAGCAAACACUCAUCAGGAUUCCACAGUCAGGACGAAGAUGUAGAUUCGGGUACUAAAGCAGUUAGUAAUGCCAGGCCGCAGGCUUAUGUGAGAGUUCAGAUUGGGAUUUCCAUAGCCACGGACAUACAAACACACAAACAGAUGCACACUGGAUGCUGCUGUUCAGAUGCUUGUAGAUGUUUAUCGUGGUCAUUGGCAAUGCCAAUAGGUACAUUCUAGUCAACUCCAGUGAGUGUAUACACACUUAAAACCAUGCUCCUUUCUCUGCUACUGUGCAACAAUACACUCAGGUUUACAUAUCUUUGUCAGUAAACAUAGACCCAGCCUUCUCUGUGAGAUGAUUAAGACUAGAUUUGCUACCAACUGCAAAAAAAAAAAAAAAAAAGAAAAAAGAAAGAAAGAAAGUCACACACAGCAACAAGAUCAUUUGAGCAGAAGGAAAAAAUUACUACCCUUUUUCUGUAGUUGUAAUGUAUUUUUCUGACUGUCACAUCCUCUGGAAAAGUAAGAGGACAGAAUGUUAUAUGCAUUUCAAAUAUUAAGGGGUUUUUGAAAAUUUAGAUAAUAUAAAUUAUUAAACUUAGCCCAACUCUAGGAAUUGGGCAAGAAAUAAAGUCAGUUGCCUCUGUCCGGCCUAGAUUCUUCUUUAGUAUUUGUUGCUUUUCCUAGGCAAAAGAAUUCAUCUAUGAGCUGCUUCAAGUCCUCAUGAAUAAAUUGUGGAAAAUGCAGUUUUAACAAUGAUGUUCCAGUCACCCUUCCUCAACGAGCUACAUGUCCUUGAUUCCCAUAUCUCUCUAUUGUAAAAUGUAGACCUCCAGUAAAGUAUACUUCCCAAAUUUCACUCAUUUUUGAGAGAUUUAUCAUUUAUAAGUUUAAUAGCAACUAGAAGAUUUUUUUUUAGUUACCGUUAAUCCCCCUAUCCCAUGCUAAAACAUCAAAUUAACUUUCUCCACAUUUAUAGAUUCUUUGAUCUCCUUUUCCUCCUUAAGAAUAUUUCUAGAAUGAGACACUUAGAUGCUCGGUCAAUUGAUGUUUAAUAUUAAAAUAAAACCUUUCUCUGAAUUUUAAAUUUUUAAAUAACAAAUCAGUUAAUUGAUUAAUGAUACCUAAUUGUAUUCAAUGCAUCAGUGUGUUAAGCGGUGCCCAUGUAAAUUAUGAUUAAUAGCUUCAAUUUUCAAAGAAUUUCCUGUUUCUUGGAUGUUUCUCAGCUAUCUGAGAAGGGUAGUAAACAAAGGUGCUGAAAAAAGAUGGAGUUCCCUCACACUGUCACUUUGUCUUAUGUAGCUUAGAAACACUGAGAAAGGCAAAUGCACACACACACACACACACACACACACACACACACACACACACACACACACACACUCACACAAAUACAGAAGCCUCUCCCUGAAUAAGUCAGCUAAGAAUUUUAAAUUCUCUUUAGAGUAUUUAAAAAUCAAUUAAACUCAGUAACGAAGUUUGGGGGUAUGUGUGGAAUUUGGGGUGAAGAGAGAAUUGGUUAUUCUGUACUACUGUACAUGGCAGUGGAAGGCGUGGCUUGUUUUGGAUUCUCAUUAAAAUUUUGAGUCAUGUUGAAUAGGGAAGAGGUACGUGAAUCAGAAUUUUUUAGAUACUGACCACAUGUCCGAUGUCCUGAGAUACUCGUCUGUACUGUAACUUACAAUUUUCUGUCUCUUGCUUUUCAUACAAGGCUUGUUUAUUUUCAUGCUUUGUGUGGGUAAGGAUUUGGACAAUGAACUAGAAAUGGGGCAGGCUAGGAGAGAUAAGUCAAAUCUGUGUGCUUCUCCCCUCUUAUGGAAGUAAGUGAAUGUUAAUCAGGCUCGUAGUUAUUGAACACUCACUGUGCUCAGAAAUGUAUUUAAAUAAUCAUAGUUAAUUCUGCAGCACUCCUAUGAAGGAGUAAAUUAAGGAAUUUAAAUAGGAUUGUGGUAGCCAAUUAAUAACCAAUAAAUCAGUAAAAUGGAGACUUUAACACAGGCUGUUGGACUUUAGAGAGAAAACCAUCUUCCUGGGGACAUGAGGACAAGCUCUUCCAUCAAGAAUUUCAAAUUUUCCAGGACAUGUUCACUCAACAGUUCCCCAAAGCAAAAUAAUUUUAAUAAUAUACCCUGGAAUGUCAAUGCUUGUUUUUCACAUGACCAGAGAAAAUGGCAAACAAGUAAACUUCCACUCACUUCUCCCAACAGUGGACAAGCAACAACGGGGGUAAACUGGGAAGUGUGGUCCUAAGUAAGAGGCAAACGAAACAUACCACAGGCAUUCAUAUUCAAUAAUCUUCAGGAUGAAUUUUCACCUAAGACGUAAAUUAAAGUUAAAGAAAGCAAUACAUGUUCAAGAUUUUUUUUGAGUUUACUUUUAUUUUUAAUAGUGGGAUUUAAGUGGAUUUUUUUCAUGGGGGAGGGGUGCUUAUUGGGUUUUAAAUUGGGUUCUUAAGUCUUUUUAUUGGUUGCCAACCCACUAUUAAAAUGCAUCUUCCAAAAGAGCUAUUGCUAUUUAAAAUUUGCUUUAAAGCCAGUAAAUACUUUUCUCUAAUGGAAAGAGUUAAUGUUUAAAAUGUGCUUGACUCUUUUUUUUUUCUAUCUUUUGGGAUGUUUGAAAGAAGUGUCUUGAAGAAGCAAAACACAGGACACCAUUACCUUGCAGUCUGGGAGACUCAGUCCAAACUACCCAGUGAAGGAGGGACAGGAAGCUGAGGACAAGGUGAAUAGCACAAGGCUUUCUGUGUUGUCACUGGGAGGAGCGCUGGGGCUCUUUCUGGUUAGGUCCCUUUCAACCUUGACAUUUUCAUGUGAAUGAGGUGCUAGUGCUUACUGUUAACCUGUGCUAAUUGUGGCAUUUAGUCAAAGAACACUGCCAAAAAGCUACGGGGUGUGAGGGAAGGAAGGUACUUGCCUCUUGGCUGACUCCUCCUUGUGUGAUAUCUUCUAACAGUUUUUGUUUGGCUAAUUUCGAAAUUACAUUGUCACAAACCAUGAUUUUUAUUCUAAUGAGACGUUAUGAACUACUUUGGGAACGUGUCAAUUAUUUGGGGCUUUUAACACGAGGGGAUGCUUUUUGUACCUAUGUUCAAGUUUUUGAAUUUGGCUUCAUCCCACAAGUCCAGGUCCUCACUUGGCUUGCAUCUUGAUUAGAGGAUGGUUUCCAGAGGACUGGAGUUUAUGCAAGAAUCACUGGGUGAUAAAAAAAACCAGCAUAGACGAGGCAAAAAAAAAAAUAAUAAUGCCGGAAUAAACCAGACUGAGUAUUUACACUUAAUGAGUGAUGCAAGCGAGACUUUGUCAAACAGCAUAUCAUUCUUAUCAGCUAAAUCGUCUUCGAAAUGUGAUAUUGAGCCACCUCUUUCCAUAGUGAGAUGUUUCACCGAGCAAAGGAAACUGAUCAUUGUCAAAAGUUGCAUAAAGAUCUGAGUUGGUCCCAGUCUUUCCCAAACAAAUUGAUGAAAAUAUUCCUGAAAAAUAGCACAAUUGAUCAAGUAGGGAGAUGAGCUAGUCAGCUAACUAUGCAAAUUAGAAUGAUGAUUCUUUGAUAGUUCCGGGUCGAAGUUUGAUGGGACCGAGUCUUUUAUUAUAUGUCACAAGUGUGUACUGUUAGAUAAAACCUACAUGUACUUUAUUUGGAAUCAAUUAUUUAAUGAAUUUCAUUUCAGAAAACUUAAUGGUAAGGACUGCUUUUUUGACCCUUGAGGGAAUGUUUCAUGCUGUGAAUCCCAGCAUCUCCGUCAGGGACAUUAUGACAUUAAGUUGCCUCACUUUUCAUAAUGGACUCACUGGCAUCCUCUCUGAGCAGCUGCCUUCCAUGCAAAAGCUACUCACAGUUAGAAAGAAGAGAAAACACACACUUCACCUAAGAAACCAACUCAAACCCCCACUGUCAAAAUGCAUAAUGUCCCUCCCUAGUGAACGGGUUAGGGUAAAUUGGAUACUAGGUUACAGUCAUUUUACUCUUAACCCUACAUGUUGUGGUAAAAUUUCAGUUACAGUUAGCAGUUGUUUUCUGUUGUUUAUUCAGACAACAGUGACUUCAGGAAACGCUUGGUACUUCAACAAUGCUAUUGAAAUGCAUAUCUAUGAUGUAACGAGAACCCUCUAUCUCUUUUAACUCUAUGGUCUACUGACUCUGUGUGAUACCAUUUUGUACCCUACAGUUUACUCCUGACUGAUGUUGCUACAGGGAUUUUUUUCCCAAGUUCUCAAAUGUUUCUGCUACUGUAACCAUAUUUGUGGAUAUUAAAAAUGCUUCCUAAGGUUAAUUCACUGGGAAUAUUUGGUUUCUGCAUUGACUAAGGAAAUAGGUCAAGACUUCAUGGGAGAUAUUUUUAAUACCGAUAUGCUAAGCAGCACUUGUCUAUAGCUUUCGAAAUUUGGUUCACACUAGGCUGAUCAUGUUUUUCUACUUAAGUCAAGACAUGGCAGUGUGUAAUAUAGAAAUUUUGUAUGUACUAUAAACUUAUCACUCAACUGCUGAGAACUUAUGUGUAAACAUCUAAAAUUGGAGACUUCAGGGUCAAUUUUCAAAAACUUGUGAUCAAAAUUCUGUUGCAGUUGGGAAGUUUGUCACAGGUUUCAGUUUAUUGGAAGUUUGUUCUAAAGAAAUAGUUGUCUCCAAAAGCGAAUUGGCAGGUGGAAGUUUGUAACCCAAAAGAAUCCUGGGUUUUAGCACAAUAAACUGUAUUUCAUCAGGGAGGAUUAACUUUUUUUUCACACUUUAUUUAAAUGUGGGUAUUUUUUCAUGAUACAAAAUAAAAUGUGCAUUUUAUGGAA